AUGCAAAAUCAAGGAGCCCAACCAAAAGGAGAUAUGAACCAGAUUCCACCCGCCACUCUCGCGUUCCUACGUAAUGGCUCGCCCUCCUAUAGAUCCAAUCGAUCCAGGCUUCACAAGCCAGGAACUGCGCAGGGCCGACUCAGGAGCGAGCGUUUCUCUCUCCUCUUUCUCCCCGCCGUUAUCGAGCUCUGGCCUGGUUCUCUCCCUGCUAUCGUGUCACAGGGCCUCCUUCCAGGAUACGCCGAAGUGGACACAUUGAAACUCGAAUAA